AUGCAUUCCUUCAAGCGCACUUUGCUGCUCCUCGGAGCUGUCCUCCCCGCCGUCUUUGGCGCACCUAUCGAGAAUGCCCGGGCUCCUGAAACGAUUCCCGGAAAGUACAUCGUCACCUUCAAGUCAGGUAUCGACGCCGCGAAGAUCGAAGAGCAUACCACGUGGGCCACCAACCUCCACAGGCGCAACCUGGGCCGCCGGGGUGACUCCGACCCUUCCACUGGUAUCCAGAAGAAGUACAAAAUCAACAACUGGGCUGCCUACUUCGGUGCUUUCGACGAUGCUACCAUUGAUGAAAUCCGCAACAGCGCUGAUGUUGCUCACGUUGAGCAAGACCAGAUUUGGCACAUCAGUGAAUUGACCACUCAGAAAGGGGCCGAAUGGGGUUUGGGCAGCAUCUCCCACAAGGGCGAACAGAGCACCGAUUACAUCUACGACACUAGCGCCGGUGAAGGCGGCUUUGGUUACGUGGUGGACACUGGUAUCAACGUCGACCACGUGGAAUUCGAGGGACGUGCCAGCCUCGCUUACAACGCUGUGGGUGGCAAGCACGAGGACACCGUGGGCCACGGAACCCACGUUGCCGGUACUAUUGGCGGCAAGACCUAUGGUAUUUCCAAGAAGGCCAAGCUCCUGUCGGUGAAGGUCUUCCGCGGUGAAUCGGGCAGCACCUCUGAAAUCCUUGACGGAUUCAACUGGGCUGCCAAUGAUAUUGUCUCGAAGAAGCGCACCGCCAAGUCCGCGAUCAACAUGAGUCUUGGUGGAGGAUUCUCCCAGGCAUUCAACGAUGCUGUCAACGAGGCCUACAACCAGGGUGUUCUCAGCGUCGUCGCUGCUGGUAAUGAGAACCAAGAUGCCUCCAACACCAGCCCUGCUUCCGCCGAGAAAGCUUUGACUGUUGCUGCUAUCAAUGUUGGCAACGCUCGCGCCUCCUUCUCCAACUGGGGCUCGGCCGUCGAUAUCUUUGCUCCCGGCGAGAACAUUAAGUCUGCCUGGAUCGGCUCCAACACUGCCACAAACACCAUCUCCGGCACCUCCAUGGCUACUCCCCACAUUGUGGGUCUGUCCAUCUACCUGUCGGUUCUGGAGAACCUCUCCGGCCCCGAAGCUAUCGUCAAGCGCGUCAAGGAGCUGGCCACCCAGGGUAAGGUCAGCGAUGUCAAGGGUAGCCCCAACGCCCUUGCCUACAACGGCAAUGACUCUUCUUAA